UAUUGCUUGAUGAUCAAGUAAAUAGUUUGCAUAUAGGAAGGGCUCUGAAUCGUAUUUAAAAUUAGCUGGUUUUCUGGGAACUGCGGUUGAUUUCUGCAGAGUUUUACAUCUCUGUUUAUUCAGUUUUCUGCUCCUUGUUCUUGCUUUGUCACCGGCCUUUUCCGACUCUUCUAGAUUAAUGAUGAUUUGAUACUGUAAGCUUGGUUCAGACGGCUCGUUACGCUCCACCUUCACUCCUUUUUCAGCUGCACCUUUCCAAAAAGACAUGAUUUAGAGAUUACUGCAGGCAUGUUACACAUCCACUACAUGACGUAUUAUACACUUUUAAGCGUCAUUAAAGCUAGUACCACAGGUGAAGUAUCCUUGCCAAUGGUAUCUAUAUUUUGUCAUUUGUUAUUUUCCUUUGGAUCUAAUCCAACCACAUGCCUCCUGUUUCUAAACUUGAGUCAAAUGCUUCAGAUACUUCAGGUCGCUGACAUGCACAUGAUGUCUGGUAUGUUGAUUUUGAUGCAUACUACAGCACAGUAUCUUCACUUACCCAUCACACGGUCCUGUGUAUCCACAUUUUUGAAAACUGCCUAUAGGUCACACCCUACAGAAAAAAUUCCUCAAACAUACAAUAUACAUCAAGUACAGGAUAAACGGAGGACGCUUCAGAGAAAUAGAAGCUAAGCUGUUCUCCGUGUUGUCGCUCUGUCUGUCAGUGAAAUGGCAGAAGCCAGAAUUUCAGUGGCUCAGGACCAGUUCAUCUGUCCAAUUUGUCUGGAUCUCCUUAUGGAUCCAGUGACCAUCCCAUGUGGACACAGUUACUGCAUGAGCUGUAUUACAAGCCACUGGAAUCAGGAAGAUCAGAGGAGAACCUACAGCUGUCCACAGUGCAGAAAGUCCUUCACGCCGAGACCUGAUUUAGCCAAGAAUGUGAUGAUCGCUGAAAUGGUGGAGAAACUGAGGAAGACUGAACUCCGAGAUGCUGUUCCUGCUAGACCUGGAGACGUGAAGUGUGACGUCUGUACUGGACGGGAACACAAAGCGGUCAAGUCCUGUCUGGUGUGUCUGAACUCUUACUGUCAGACUCACUUUAAACAGCAUGAGGAGUUUCACCCUGGUAAACGACACAAAGUGAUCGAUGCCACUGGACGACUGAAGCAGAUGAUCUGCCAAAAACACGAUAAGAUUCUGGAGGUUUUCUGUCGCACUGACCAGCAAUUUAUUUGUGUUCUAUGUGUGAUGGAUGAACACAGAAACCAUGAGACUGUAUCAGCUGCAGAAGAAAUUACUAAGAUGCAGGAUCAUAUGAGGGAGAUGCAGAAAACAUACCAGCAGAAAAUCCAGAAGAACGAGAUGAAGCUUCAGGAACUGAGAGAGGCUGUGGAGUCUUAUAAACGCUCUGCACAGGCAGCAGUGGAGGACAGUGAGAAGAUCUUCUCUGAUCUCAUUCGCUCCACUGAGAGAAUCCGCUCUGAGGUGACACAUCUGAUCAGAGCUCAGGAAAGAGCUUCAGUGAGUCGAGCUGAAGAACAACUAGAGCGACUGAAGCAGGAGACCGCUGAUCUUAAGAGGAAAAAGACUGAACUGGAGCAGCUUUCAGACACAGAUGACCACGUCCAGUUGCUCCAGAGCUUCCAGUCUCUCUCUGUCUCUGGAUCUUCAGAAUUACCCAGAAUCAUCAUCAGUUCUCGCCUCUCUUUUGAUGAAGUCAGUAAAUCUGUCGCUAAACUCAGAGACCAACUAAAUCAUUACUGCAGAGAGCAGAUAGAAAACACACCUGGCACAGUCAAACACAUGCAGAUCAUUCUUGGCCCUGAUUUUGAGACCAGAGAUGAAUACCUCAGAUAUUUCCAUCAGUUCACUCUGGAUCCAAACACAGCGAGUAAACACCUGCAACUAUCUGAUGGGAACAGAACAGUUACUAGCACUGUAAGAGACCUGCUGUAUCCUGAUCAUCCGGACAGAUUUGAUUCUGUAGUUCAGGUGUUGUGUAGAGAGAGUGUGUGUGGACGCUGUUACUGGGAGGUUGACUGCGCUCAGAAUGAACGUUUGGGUGUAUCGGUGUCUUAUAAGAGCAUCAGCAGGAAGGGACGCGGCAAUGAGAGCAAGUUUGGACAUAAUAAUCAGUCCUGGAUUUUGCUGUGCUCUUCCCCCAAAUACACAUUCCUGCACAAUAAUAUAAAGACUAAAUUCAUUGUAGAGUCCAGCUUCUCUAGGAUAGGAGUGUAUGUGGAUCACGGUGCUGGAAUUCUGUCCUUCUACAGCAUCUCUGACACAAUGAGCCUCAUUCAUAAAGUCCAGUCUACAUUCACUCAACCGCUCUAUCCAGGGUUUUUUUUUGAUGGAUAG